GCCCGUGAAGGCAGCACUGUAUACAUAGUGGAGGUGCGGUUUAUUGUAGUCCACACACCACGUCAGUAAACCCCGACAACACGCGGGCGAUGGAGAAGCAGCCCCUGCCAACAGAUGAUGACAGGACAGCAACCACCGAGUCUGAGAUCGACGGCUAUGCUGGCGUGGACAGCCAGCAGGGCUCGUCUGAGCCUGUCGCUCGAGCAGGAUGGAACAGUAAAAUAGAGUAUUUUCUGGCUCAGGUGGGAUUCAGCGUUGGGCUCGGCAACGUCUGGAGGUUUCCAUACUUGUGCCAUCAAAAUGGAGGGGGAGCUUUUCUCCUCCUGUAUGUGCUGCUGAUGCUGGUUGUUGGCAUUCCCUUGUUCUUCCUGGAGCUGGCAGCCGGUCAGGCCAUCCGACAGGGCAGCAUCGGAGUGUGGAAGUACAUCUCCCCCAGGCUGGCAGGGAUCGGCUACUCCAGCUGUGUGGUGUGUUUCUUUGUGGCCCUCUACUACAAUGUGAUCCUUGCAUGGAGUCUUUUCUAUCUUGGGAACUCGUUCCAAUACCCUUUACCUUGGGAGCAGUGUCCAACACAGGGGAAUGUAACAGUAAAAGAAUGUGAAAAGAGCUCCCCCACAUCGUACUUCUGGUACCGCAAAGCUUUGGACAUCACAGACUCCAUUGAUGAGACGGGCUCUUUCAACACUUACAUCGUCUGCUGUCUGCUGGCGGCCUGGACCCUCGUGUGCCUGGGAAUGUUCAAGGGCAUCAAGUCCUCUGUCAAGGUGAUGUAUUUCUCCUCCAUCUUCCCCUACGCGGUGCUGUUCUGCUUCCUCAUCAGAGGGCUCCUGUUGGAUGGGGCCUUGGAUGGAAUCACCUACAUGUUCUACCCCAAGCUGGAAAUUUGGGCAGACAUUCAGGUGUGGCGGCAGGCAGCCACACAGGUCUUCUUUGCUUUGGGCCUUGGCUUCGGGUCCAUUAUCGCCUACUCCUCCUACAAUCCCAGGAACAACAACUGCCAUCGUGAUGCUUUCACUGUCGCCACCAUCAACUUCCUCACAUCUGUUCUCGCCUCCCUGGUGGUGUUUGCUGUGCUCGGAUUCCGCGCCAAAAACAAGGCCCUGGCAUGUGUGGCCAGUAAUAUGAAGGAGUUAUCAGAGCAGUUGCUCAGUAGUAAUGUGGACACAAACCUGAUGCCAAGCUUCAAUUAUUCUGAUCCCAGUUCUGUGGCUCUAGUGGACUACAGGGCCUGGUUUAAAGAGCAUGGAAACGAGGUCCCUGGCAAUUUAACAGACUGUGACCUGGAUAAAGAGAUGCAGCAGGGAGUGGAGGGCACAGGCCUGGCUUUCAUUGCCUUCACAGAGGCCAUGUCACUCCUGCCUGGCAGCCCAUUCUGGUCAGCGCUCUUCUUCCUCAUGCUGCUCAACUUGGGACUCAGCACCAUGUUUGGCACCAUGGAAGGCAUCCUCGCCCCACUUACUGACCGCUUCAAAACUCUGGCCAACAACAAGACCAAACUCACAAUUUUCAGCUGUAUCUUGGGCUUUCUCAUCGGCCUGCUCUUCACCCAGCGUUGUGGGAACUACUUUGUGAUGAUGUUCGAUGAUUACUCUGCCACUCUGCCCCUGAUCAUUGUGGUGGUUUUUGAGACCUUCAGUGUGUCGUGGCUAUAUGGAGCUGAUAGGUUCCUGGAUGACAUUGAGGCAAUGCUGGGCUGGCGUCCCCCUGUGAUCUACAAGUACCUGUGGAAAUACAUCUGCCUGCUUGCUAUGCUGGGGCUGCUGGCCGCCACCACCAUUCGCAUGUUUAUCAAACGCCCCACUUAUAUGGCAUGGAACCAAGAGAAGGCUUCUGAGGAGUACCUGGAGUACCCAGGCUGGGCUCUGGCUGUUAUGGCUUUACUGAUCAUAUUUGCUAUAAUGCCUGUCCCAGUGGCCUUGAUCCAUGCCGUUCUGCAGGACAGGACAAAGCAAACAGCCAGAGAUACAGAGACUGGUCAGUACCGCAUUGUUAGUACUGAGGACAACUGUGAAACUCCUAUGACUGACAUGUCAGAACUGAGUCAAAGGAACGGGACUGCUGCUUCCUUAUCCUAAACAUUGGACAUGGUGGUACACAGUGGAAAAGGACCAUCAGCACAAAGUCAAAGUUUCAUUGGGCCAUUUUAAUAGACACUUGAAUCCCACAGAUUUUGGUGGGAAAGUGGAACAAAGGUUGUUUUAAUAUUUAAAAGCUUUAAAUAUUUAAAAAAAAUUAAAUGAAAGUCUAAAUUAUCCAAAAGACGAUGUUUAAAAUAAAUAAAUAAUACUGCACCAACAAGUGCAGCUUUUAAAUGAACUGUGUUAUAUGGAACAAACGACAAACUACUACAUGGUAACACAAGGUAGAAUUUGCAGAAUAACUGUUGAUUGUUAGAAUUGUUGUCCAAACGAGCAAAAAUAAUAUUUCUUUGUUUUCCUUAUAAGCCAUCACGUCACUUCUUAGUUUUGUACGAAGAGUUUACUUGUUCAUUUAUCCAACUUUUUAUUUAACUCUUUUACAGCACAGUGAAUGUGACAAUUGUUAUGUAAAUUGUUUAAGGCUGUGCUUAAAAUUAUGAUGCACGAAAAACACCUGAAUUAUAACCGGAAAAUUGCAACAUCACCGUAUCUGUGUGUAAGGCAGCAAUAGGUACAGUACAUUUUUCUACUGCACAGAUAGUGUCUAGUCGGAUGUUUCAGCUGUCGCUGGAUGUUACUUCAGUGACGGCCAGAGAGUGAAGAUACUGUUUAAUGAAAUGCAUCCACUGUAUUUUGCCACAAUGUUAUAUUUUCCUCAAAGCAAAUCAACCACAGUUGUUUUAUAAGACUGUUACAUCAGGAAAGUGUUAAUUCAGCUGUGUUUUGGGAUUACAUAUAGCUAUUGGAUAAAGUAUUAAUGCUAUUCACUACAUGGAAGUCAUCUCAACAUGUUUACAGUUUAAAAAAACAAGACUCACUGUUUUGGUUACAGUUUGAUACUGUAGGUAUACUUUAUGUCUGCAGGAGCAUACUGCAUUCAUACUACACAUGUACCGAAUGUUAACAUUCUCUGUUCAAAUUAACCUAAAAAUCCAACUGCUGCUACACUGAAUCAGAGCACUCGGUUUUAAGUUUGCUUUACAGUGAUAACUUUUUAAAAUCACUUGUUAUUUUUUUAUUGGUAAAAAUAUCAAGUCAGACAUCAUGUAAAUAUGUAUAAAGCACAAGUAGAGAAUCUUCAAGAACAAAUGUAACUGAAAAUGCGUGGGGUUUUCUGUCAUUUAUUAUUUGUAUAUUUAAGUUUGCAUGAUGCAUUUUUUUUUUUUUUUUUUUUUCUUAAGUUCAGGUUUAGGAAGAAACUAGUUGCGUGUUUAAUUUAAACAAGCUGGAUGAAGCCACGGACCGGACUAAGUACUCCUUUCCUUCAGAGUUAGGUGUAGUGUAGGACGUAAGUAAUGUGUUUAUUUGUAAAAAGUAUUUUUUUUUUAGCCUUAAAUGCUUGGUCAUCGUUGUCUUUUCGAGGCUAUUUUUCUGAAAAAUAAAGCUGUAGUUUGUUUUACAUUUUCAGAACGUUACUAUCAGAAUGAAUUGACCUCAUGUUGUGUAUAUAUAUGUGCCAAAACAAAGUGCCUUUAGUUUCAAUCAGGCGGACUUGAUAGACUUGGAUAUACUUUUUAAUCGUUUAUGUAGUCUGCUUCUGUAUAAAAUGAAUUUUUGAGAAAAUGUUAUAUUUUUGACAUUUCAUUAAAAUGUUCUUUCAGCAUGA